AUGAGACACAGUAACAACGUAACAGAAUUUGUCCUCCUGGGCCUCACUCGGGAUCCUGAGGGGCAAAAAGCAUUGUUUGUCAUGUUUUUACUCAUUUACAUUGUGACAAUUGUGGGCAACCUGCUCAUUUUGGUGACUAUUUUUGCCAGCCACUCCCUGGGCUCCCCGAUGUACUUCUUCCUUGCCUAUCUAUCACUCAUGGAUGCAGUUUAUUCCACUGUCAUUUCACCCAAAUUGAUUAUAGACUUACUCUGUGAUAAAAAGAGAAUUUCCUUCCCAGCUUGCAUGGGACAGGUCUUUCUAGGACACUUAUUUGCAGGUGCCGAGGUCUUCGUUCUGGUGGCAAUGGCCUAUGAUCGCUAUGUGGCCAUCUGUAAGCCACUGCACUACUUGACCAUCAUGAAUCAACAGGUUUGCAUCCUGCUGGUGGUGGUGGCCUGGGUUGGAGGUUUUGUGCACUCUAUGGUUCAAGUUCUCUUUGUGUACAACCUCCCCUUUUGUGGCCCCAAUGUCAUUGACCACUUCAUGUGUGACAUGUACCCAUUAUUGGAACUUGCCUGUGCUGACACCUACUUUGUAGGCCUCACUGUAGUUGCUAAUGGUGGAGCAAUCUGUAUGGUCAUCUUUAUCCUUCUACUAAUCUCCUAUGGAGUCAUCCUGAAUUCCCUUAAAACCCACAGUCAGGAAGGGAGGCGCAAAGCCCUGUCUACCUGCAGUUCCCACAUCACGGUGGUUGUCCUUUUCUUUGUUCCCUGUAUUUUCAUGUAUGUUAGACCUGUUUCCAACUUUCCCAUUGAUAAAUCCAUAACUGUAGUUGGUACAGUUAUCACGCCCAUGUUGAAUCCUUUAAUAUAUACCUUGAGAAAUUCGGAGAUGAAAAAUGCCAUGGAAAAACUCUUGUGUAAAAAGUUAACCUUUGGUAGAAUAAAAUGUGUCAUCCACACUGAACACAUUUGUUACUAG